AUGGCUCUGCAAAGGCAGCUCGCCAGAUCCGGCACCCAAUUCGCAAAGACAUCGAUCCCCCGCGUCCAGUCACGAAACCUCCAGGACAUUGCCAUCACCAGAACCGGCAAGCCCAUCAUCAGAAUCUCCGGUGGAAGAUCCUCUCUCGGAGGUCAUACCGCUACCGUCUUCGGUGCCACUGGUUUCCUCGGCCGCUACAUCGUCAACAGACUUGCACGUGCCGGAUGCACCGUCGUCGUCCCCUUCCGUGAGGAGAUGGCCAAGCGCCAUCUCAAGGUCUCCGGUGAUCUGGGCCGCGUUGUCUUCCUUGAAAUGGAUCUCCGCAACACUGCUUCUAUCGACGAGUCUGUCCGUCAUUCCGACAUUGUCUACAACUUGAUCGGCCGCGACUACCCCACCAAGAACUUCGACCUCGAGGACGUCCAUGUUGAGGGUGCUACCCGUAUCGCCGAUGCUGUCGCCAAGUACGAUGUCGACCGCUUCGUCCACGUUUCCUCGCACUCGGCCUCCUUGGACUCGCCCUCCGAGUUCUACCGUACCAAGGCCCGUGGCGAGGAGGCUGUCCGCAACAUCUUCCCCGAGACGACAAUUGUCCGCCCUGCCCCUAUGUUCGGCUUCGAGGACCGUCUGCUUCACCGCAUCGCCAAGGCUUCCAACAUGUUCACAUCCAACAACAUGCAAGAACGCUUCAACCCUGUCCACGCCAUUGACGUUGGUUCCGCUCUCGAGAAGAUGUUGCAAGACGACAGCACCGCUGGUGAGACCUACGAGCUUUACGGCCCCAAGCAGUACUCGAUGGCCGAGAUCAAGGAGCUCGUCGAGCGCGAAAUCCUCAAGACCAGACGUCACAUCAACAUUCCUCCUCAAAUCAUGUCUCCUGUCGCACAGCUGAUGAACAAGUUCGUCUGGUACAGCGUCAUGAGCAAGGACUCGGUCGCUCGUGAGUUCAUCGACCAGACUAUUGACCCUUCAGCAAAGACCUUCAAGGACUUGGGUAUCGAGCCCACCGACCUUGCCAACUUCACAUACCACUAUCUCCAAGCAUACCGUAGUUCGUCCUACUACGAUUUGCCUCCCAUGACCGAGCGUGAGAAGAGAGAGGAGAAGAAGUACCUUCACGUUCUCGACGACCAGUAA